AUGAGGCUGUGGGAGGGGUUGGUUGUUGUUCUCUUUGCCUGGAGUAUAAAGGCUGCUGGUGCCCAAAGAGCGCCUGCAAACUCUGUGUUCUAUGAAUGCAACAGAACUAGCAUCCAUUUGGUUGUCAAGACAGACCCUUGGAACACUGGCCUCAAGCUCAAUCCACAGUUCCUGAGCCUGGGAAGCUGCCCUUCCUCCUUUGAGAAUAGCCACCAAGGUUUCUUCCAUUUCCAGUACUACUUCAAGGAGUGUGGCUUUGCACGGCUGAAAUCUGGCAAAAUGGUUGAGCAUCUCACCAACCUGGUCUACAGGCCUCCAUCCCUCCAAGGCAGGUUCUACGGCAACCCUUUUGCUGAGAGGAUAAACUGCACUGACUAUGAGGCCAGUGUGACUCCUUCACAGAUGACUUUGGUGACUGGCCAGCUUUCUUCUUCAAGUGUGCUCAUGUUCACUGUGAAGCUAAUGAAUGAGGACUUCAGUGCUCCCUCGGAUGUGAAGGUCUUUCUCCUGGGCUCGCAAAUCAAUAUAGAAUUUGCAGUACAGAGAUUCGCCCACCAGCCCCUGCGAGUAUUUGUGGAUGAAUGCACAGCUGCUGCCACACCAGAACUUCACAAAUCUCCCAGGAACUACAGCAUUAUUACUAACCAUGGGUGUCUCAUGGAUGGCAUGGUAGCAAAUUCCUUUUUCCUUCCAAGGCCAGAUCCUGAAGUGAUCCGUCUCUCUCUGCAGGCCUUUGGAUUUGUUGGCAUAAACACUGAUAUUUACAUACAUUGCCAGGUUCUAGUUUGGGACCCAAAAGUCCUCACUGAUCCCCUGAAGAAGGCCUGCUCAUUUCGUAAGGACACAAAGAGGUGGGAACUCUUAGAUGAUCCCUCCAGUUCUGUAUGCAGCUGUUGUGAGUCAGUAUGCCAGACCUCUGGAUCUCGUCACAAGAGAGAUCUGAAAGCGGAUGGUCUGCAUUACCAUGUGGUAGUUGGCCACUUGAGGGUUCAAAAACCAGCUCAAAACACUGGCAGCUACGAAUGGGAUUCGAACAGUUCUCUAGCUGUCAGAAGUCACAAAGGUGGGAAACACAAUGUGAUGCCGCCAGCUGUUGGUGCCCUACUCCUGGAAGUGGCUGUGGUUGCCGUGCUCUCCUUGGGCUUCUGCUUCUACAACGGCUAUCAGAAGAGACUUUGCCUCCACAAGAGGGAAGCCCAAGGGAACCUGGACACUCGGCCGCUGGUGGACGCUGACCAGGACUGUGGAAGUAUCAAUACUGAUAUGGAAUAA